AUAAUUAACAUUUGAAGUGAAAGCCACAAUUCAAAAGUUAACCAUUGUGUUUGGCGGUUGACGAUUGGAGAAGCUGCCACAUGGUUUUUGCUUUUUCAGCAUCUCAAUUCUUCCAUCGUCUCGUAAAAUACGUUACCCUCUCCCUCCCUCCCUCCAUCAAAUCAUCAUUAUAUAUACAUACAAUAACAUAUAUAUAGCAUAUUGUUCAUCUAUCCACCCCUCCCCCAACAACCGUUUUCAUCAAUUCAUACAAGAUUCUCCUUUGGUUUGACCUUCAAUUUUGCGAAUUAGGGUUUCAAGCAACGGCAUUUUGUUUUGUGUUUUAGGGUUUCAAGAAUAAUGGAUUCCCCAAUUCUAGAUUCUUUUCUCCCAAAUCUUCCCCUCUUUUUUUCCAUGUUCUUUGCAAUUUACUUGACUGCCCAUAUUACCGUCUUCCGAAACUGGACUCCGAAGCUCCGGCCGGAAGCUGCUAGCUGUUUGAUGUCACUCGCGCAUGGCACACCUGCUGUUUUCUUGGCCUGUCACGCCAUCCUUUCCGACUCCAAUCGUGGAUUCGCAUCGAUCAACACCGAUUUUCAAAAUACCGUCCUGGAAUACAGCAUUGCAUACUUCGUCAUGGAUCUUUCUCAUUAUCUCAUCUUCAACCCUAGCGAUGUCCUCUUCAUAGCACACCAUUUGGCCACCCUUUUUGUGUUUAUAACAUGUCGAUACUUGGUGUUUCAUGGAGCGUAUGGCAUUCUGAUUUUACUGAUACUGGCGGAGGUCACCAGCUUCUUUCAAAACGUUUGGACGCUGGCAAGAGUGCGGAAAACCGACUCCAAGAUUGCAGCCCAGGUGUUUGCUGUUUUGUCUCCUCCGUUUUAUGCACUGUAUUCUGUUGUUAGAGGUUUGUUUGGGCCUGUUUUUGUUUACAAGAUGCUCGUUUUUUAUCUAUCUGGGGAUGCAGAUGAUGUUAUUCCUAGGUGGGUUUGGGUUUCUUGGAUCUCUGUUGUCAUUGCAGCCAUUUCGGUUAGUGUACUUUGGAUUUAUAACCGGUGGCUUGAAUUGUAUAGUGGAAGAAUAGUGAUACCUGAGGACCAGAAAAAUAGAUAGGAACAUUAAUCAAAUACUUUUCAGGUUUUGGGCUAUAACACAAUAUCCCCUGUAUGAAUCAUCCCUUCCCUUGAAUCUUGAUAAUGAUUUCAAACAAAAUCAUGUACCUGUGUUAGCCUUUUGAAAUAGUGCAAUAAAUGUUGUUGAUGGCAUCUUCAA